CAUUAAGUAUUUUCCCCCCUCCAUCCCCCGCCCUCCUCUUCAUCUCUGUAACAAUGCCGAAGGAAGUCGUCGGGAUCCUUGGUGGUGGCCAGCUGGGUCGCAUGCUAGCCGCAUCGGCGUCUCUUUUAAAUAUUCCUGUAGUUAUUCUCGAUGUUGGAGAAUCCGCACCUGCCAAGCAAGUCAUCGCGCACAGCGGCGAUCUUUCGCAUAUCGAUGGUUCAUUCACCGAUCCUCAAAAGAUACACGAACUGGCGUCGAAAGUGGAUGUCCUGACCGUAGAAAUCGAACACGUCGAUGUAGAUGCCUUGGAGAAUCUUGCUGCUGCCACAAGUGGUCGCUUAGCUAUCCAUCCCAGCCCUCGAGCGAUCCGGAUAAUACAAGACAAGUUCCGCCAAAAGGAGCAUCUCCGAGAGCAUGGAGUCCCGGUGUCUGCUUUCAGAGAGGUUCAAUCAUCUCUUGAUGCUAUUACUUCUGCAUCAACCGAGCUCGGUCUCCCUCUCAUGUUGAAAAGUCGAACACUAGCCUACGACGGUCGGGGGAAUUACGUACUUCGCGACAUAUCAGACGCGGAAAACGCUCUCGCCGCCCUAGGCGGACGGCCACUAUAUGCAGAGAAGUGGGUACCGUUCAUCAAGGAAAUUGCUGUUAUGGUGGUACGAUCGGCGGAUGGGACGGUGAGGUCGUAUCCUGCUGUAGAAACCGUCCACAAAGAGAACGUCUGUCACCUGGUCUUCGCGCCUCUUCGUAGCCGGUACCCUGAUCUCUCUUCGAGAGCUCAAAAAGUUGCCGAAGCUGCAGUGGCGACCUUUGAGGGCGCUGGUGUUUUUGGCGUUGAGAUGUUCCUCAUGGAAGAUGGUAAUAUAUACGUCAAUGAGAUUGCUCCACGGCCACACAAUUCUGGUCAUUAUACUAUAGAAGCCUGCGAGACGUCUCAAUACGAGAACCAUCUACGGAGUAUUCUAUCAUUACCGCUGGGUUCCACGGACCUCAAAGUCCCUUCUGCCGCGAUGUUAAACCUGAUCGGUUCUUCCUCUUCCAUGUCCAGUAUCACCUGCAUCACAGAUGUUGCCCUAACAAUUCCCGGCGCUUCUACUCACCUCUACGGCAAGGCAAAAUGUCAGAAAGGCCGCAAAAUGGGUCACAUAACCAUCGUCGCCGACUCAGAUGCCUCUCUCCGUACCAAACUCCGUCCCUUACUUGAGGCCACCCCAGGGAGCACCCCCGAGGAGCUCGAAAAAUACACUCCUGUCCCUCCAAGUCCCGGGUCUGGCCACUCCAACAAGGACCCCCUCGUCGGGGUCAUCAUGGGCUCCGACUCAGAUCUCUCAGUUAUGCUUCCCGCUGCGCGCAUCCUGGAUAAGUUCAACAUCCCCUAUGAACUCACUAUAGUAUCAGCGCAUCGUACUCCCGACCGACUCGUGGAAUAUGCCCGCUCGGCUUCGUCGCGCGGUCUCCGCACAAUCAUAGCAGGAGCAGGGGGUGCUGCUCAUCUCCCCGGGAUGGUUGCUGCCAUGACUGCUCUACCCGUCAUCGGUGUACCCGUCAAGGGAAGUUCGCUCGAUGGUGUUGACUCGCUCCAUAGUAUCGUUCAAAUGCCUCGAGGUAUUCCGGUAGCGACUGUUGCCAUCAACAACAGCACCAACGCUGGUUUACUCGCCAUCAGGAUUCUCUUCGCUGGGCAGCCUCAUCUAAUUCAAGAGAUGGACAGCUAUCUGAAGGGGCUAGAGAAGGAGGUCCUAGGCAAAGUUGAGCGCUUAGAGAACAUAGGAUGGGAGGCGUACAAGCCAUGAUGAAGGACAAAAAGAAUGAAGCGUGAGCACCAUUGCCAUUCUUCGCUUCACCCAUCUUAAUUCUUCAACCAGGGUGAAUUUACUCGGUCUAUGUAUCUUGUCACGCCAUAGAGGCACAAUAAAACUGGUUUUCGUCAUCUUGACUGUAUCAAUGGCUUGGCUCCAUCCCAAUUAUC